AUGAGAGGUCGUGCACCUGUUCCGGUUACUUCUGGGGCGCAGCCCCAGAGUGGACACACUCGCAAUCACUCGGGACUCGACGUUGCCCGCAGCCCGCCGAACCAGAGCAAUAAGAAUCCUCUAACUAACCUCCUUCUCUUCGAUCGUACAGACACCAAGCACGUUCCUUGCAAAUUCUUCCGCCAAGGUGCCUGUCAGGCAGGCCCCGCUUGCCCAUUCUUACACUCUACCGAUGCCGGAAUUGACUUUGCUCCAUGCAAAUACUUUGCAAAGGGUAAUUGCAAAUUCGGCGCAAAAUGCGCGUUGGCGCAUAUCUUACCAGAUGGACGCAGAGUCAACCGGCCGUCUGGAAACAUGGGAAUGGGAAGCGGUCACCUCAAUUUGGGCGGCCGUGUGAACCCUCAAGCCUAUGUUAACCAGGACUCCGCCUUGACCAACUCGGUGCUCUCGCAACAGCGCAUGAACGGACACGACCAGCCUCGAUUUGCCCCGCAGCUCCCCCCGCAGGAGGAGUAUGGGCCCCUGCCCGGGCAGCAACAGCCGACCUACGAUGGAAUUCCCACAAUCGAUACGGGCCUGGCCUCCGAUGCCGGCUCCAAGUACGGGUCGCCCCCAGAGGAUGUUCGAUUCCCGAUGUCGCCUAAUAAUAACCACCUUAGCGCUCUUGACGCGGGUCUUCCGGCUUCCUUCGACAGUCAGGGUAUCUCUCAUGCUGCGCGUUAUGGUCCGGUGGCUGCUUCGAUGCCCUCGCAGUUUGGACAGUCCCCGCCGGCUCAGAGACCGGGACACGCAGAUGUUUUCCGUAACCUGCGCGACAUUGGGUAUGGCAGCAGCUUGCGCAAGCCUUCAUCUUACAUUGGAUCGUCUCCUCCGGCCCCGGAAGAUACGACUGGCACCCGUUUCAUGCACUCUGCGCGUCCUGUCAAGCCACGCAUGCUGUCCGCCAGUGUUCCUCGUCCCACGGCUCUUGAGGAUUGGGAUGAGAAUUUCCCUAUGGAAGAGGAUUAUCUGCCGGUCAAUCUGCACGAUGACGUCCUGACACCGCAGGAAAAGCUGCGCCGUCUCUCUCGUACCGACAACGACUUGAGUUCUAGCCAUCGCAGCGGCUUUGGCAUGUCAAGCACCAGCUUCUCUAAGACUGGUUCUCCCCUGGCGUCCAGCCCCUCCCGAUUUGGUGCCCUCUUUGCCAAACAGCGUCAGCGCAAGGAAGAGGAGACUCACGGUUCUUCCUCUUUCCAUAUCGGCUCACCUCUGCGUGAGUCGUCGCUGAACCCGAUCACCAGUCCUAGUCUGGGUCCCAUUGGUGAUCGCCGAGCUUCCCACGACGGGUCGCCAUUUGUCUCGAGUCCUGGACGCCAGUCUUCUAUGUCCAUGAUUUCCGAGCAACUCGGUGGCCUGUCUCUUCACCCUGGUUCUGCUCGCCAGUCAUCGACUGGUCCUAGCGGGCGCCUCGAUCGGCUCAUUUCCUCUGACCGAAUCAUUCCUUCUCCUGUCAGCACAAGCAAGAUUGAGGAGGAAGAGCAGAGUGACCUGGUUUUCGAUAUGGAGGAAGAAGUUGGCAACAAGCGAAACAGUGCCUCGUGGGAGAACAAAGAGAGCACUUCCUAA